CAAGGGUCUGUCUGUCAAGAAUAUGGCAAUUUCUGUUUAUGAAAGGGAGUUGUUGGCAUUGGUCACUGCUGUUCAAAGAUAGAGACCAUACUUGCUUGGUAAGCAUUUGGUUAUCAAGACUGACCACCAUAGCCUCAAAUACUUACUUGAGCAGAGAAUAUCCACACCAAGUCAACAGAAAUGGUUGAUUAAGGUUCUUAGUUACGACUAUUCUAUCAUGUAUAAGAAGGGCAAUGAGAAUGUUGCUGCAGACGCCCUGUCAAGACAGGCUGAAGUGGUUCAACUGUACAGUAGCUCAGGUGUGCAAUUUCCUCUAAUUGAUGAAGUCAAACAAUCCUGGUCUCAUGAUCCUAAACUCCAGAAGUUAGUCCAAGAUAUUCAGUCAAAUGCACCUCACAAACCUUACUACCAGUUCACUGCUGGUGUGCUAAGUAGGAAAGGAAAGAUGAUGGUUGGGUCUGAUGUCAACUUGAGGAAGAAGCUGUUAAUGCAUUUCCAUGCUAGCUCUACUGGGGUCAUUCUGGUAUUUCUGCAACGUUGCGUAGACUCAAACAUGAGUUUUAUUGGAAGAAGAUGAAGCAGGAUAUGUACACAUUUAUGAGAGAAUGUGACACUUGUCAAAGAUGCAAAGGGGAGAAUGUCCCAUAUCCUGGUUUGCUACGACCUCUACCCAACCCUGAGAGAGUUUGGCAAGAUAUCUCAAUGGAUUUCAUAGAAGGACUUCCAAAAGUUGCUGGUAAGGAAGCCGUUUAUGUGGUAGUGGACAGGCUAAGUAAGGCAGCUCAUUUCUUGGCCCUUAAACAGCCAUAUACUGCACUGAUGUCGCACAACUAUUCAUGGAUGGUGUGUUCAAAUUACAUGGUAUGCCUAAGACCAUUGUUUCAGACAGGGAUCCUAUUUUUGUCUGGAAGGAGUUAUUAGGAUUACAGAAAGUUUCCUUACUUACAUCUAGUGCUUAUCAUCCCCAAACUGAUGGGCAAAUUGAGGUUGUGAAUAGAUGCUUAGAGUGCUAUUUAAGGUGCAUGACUUUUGAGAAACCAAAGGAAUGGCCUAAUUGGUUGGGCCUUGCUGAAUGGUGGUACAACACUUCUCAUCAUUCCUCUAUUAACAUGACUCCCUAUGAGGCUGUUUAUGGUCAAAAACCACCUCCCUUGCUGCCAUAUCUACCUUUUGAUCUCAGUUGGAAGUGGUUGAUAGUAGUUUACAAGCAAGAGAAACUACUUUCAGGAAGCUGAAGUUUCACUUAGCUCAGGCUCAAAACAGGAUGAUGGUGCAAGCUGCCAAACACAGAACUGAGAGGUCUUUUGCUGUUGGUGAUUGGGUCUUUGUUAAGUUGCAUCCUUAUAGACAACUCUCUUUCAAAGAUCACUCAUUUCAGAAGCUGUCUUCUAAAUUCUAUGGUCCUUUCCAAGUUACUGCUAAGUUGAAACAGAGAUUGGGAUCUCAUAUUGCUUCCACCACUCUACCGGAAGUUCAUUCAGAUUCCGGUCAUAUCUUAGUAGCUUCUGAAGCUAUUCUUGACAGGAGACAAGCUCAGAGAAGAGGCAAAGCAAUCACACAAGUCUUGGUUAAAUGGUUGAAUUCUGCUCCUGAAGAUAGCACAUGGGAAGAACUGCAGGAUUUUUCCAGGAAAUUUCCUCAUUUUAAUCCUUGAGGACAAGGAUGCUUGAAGGGAGGAGGGAGGGUGUUGAUAUGAUCUCAAUGUAAUUCUUUCCUAUUUUUGUUGUUGAAUUAGCAGAAUAAUUAGUUGAGUAAUUAGCUGGUCAAAUUAGUUAAUUGCUUACUGAUACGCUCAAAUUACACCUAAAUUACGGCGUAAGGCGGUUGGUGUCAAAUAUAGUAACCGAACUAGGUUGGGGUCGAAUCCCACAGGGAAUAAGAUGUGAAAUAAAUACUAAUUAUAUAUGUUACUAAUCUCUAAAGACUUUAGGUCUAUUCCGACUAGUGUAGAAAAAGGGUUUUGGUUUGUAUUCGCUAUUUUGAAGUAUUUGGAAAUUGUUUGGAUUAAAAGAACCAAAGUUGUGUCCCCGCUGUGAUUAGAUGUUAUGCUAUGGGUAUCAAUAUGAUAUAUUUCUAAUGGGUGGUGGUUUUGUAUGCACUUAAUCUCUAAUGCACUUCCUAAUAUUUUUCAAUA